AUGGGAUUGCUUGCUGACACGCUUGAACCAGGACCUAUUGUACGCGUGACCCCAACCGUGGUUGCAGUCACUGGAGAGAACCCAAUCAGGUCCAUCUACGGCGGAGUUCGGCCGUUUGCAAAGGACGCACGCCUAGCUGAUCUCUUCUCCAUGUGCCGUCCCGAGCAUCCCAACGUAGCCGGUAUCCAAGAAGCGCAGGCUGCCAUGAAGAGGAGGAGGUUGAUCUCGACGGCUUUCUCAACAAAGUUCCUCAAUGACAAUGAAUCCAUUUUUGCCGAUGUGGCGCGCAGCCUGGUGAGCAAGAUUGACAAAGUACUGGCCACCGGCAGUCGCACCGUCGACAUCAUGCAUGUCUACCGCUAUUGCGCUACAGAGGUGAUCGGUGAGAUUAUUCCAUUUGUUCUCUUUUGA